AUGGAGACGCCUCAGCCACAGCCCCUCCACCCCCUCAGCUGGAGGGGCACAGCUCCAGGUCAUAAAGGGUCUUCGUCGGGGCCAGUCCAAGGUGGUUCUGAUCUGAGGGAGCCAUCGCCCAGGUCCAGCUGGCCCCGCCCAUCACUGUUCAGCCUGAGAGAGGCUUCCAUCUCGGGGGUUGGAGUGAACACCGUCCACAGGGAGCUUCACCUGGUCCAGCAGAGUCCUGGCUUCUCCUUCAGGAGACCGCCGGACUACAGAGACAUGACCUCAGAGACGUUGAAUCACCCGGGGACCCCUUCUGGAGACCCCCUGCAUAACCCCUCCCCAGUGUGGGGCGCCACUGAAGAACGGUGUUCAUCAUUGACCUCUCUGGAGGCCCUGAAGGUUGUGCUCUGUUCUGGGUGUCCUGGAGGAGAGCUGGGCGUGGCUGAAUCUGCUGCUGUCGAGUGCCAACCUAAAUCCAAGUCUCGUUUGAAGAAGAAGUUGUGGAGUUUGGAUGAGGGAAUCACACAAAGAGAGCAAAGACCUCUGAAUGAGAUCUACACUGAGCUCUUCAUCACAGAGAGAGGCAGUGGAGAGGUCAACCAGGAACAUGAAGUCAGACUGAUUGAAACAGCUUCCAGGAAACCAGCCAUGAAGGAAGCACCAAUCAGAUGUGUGGACAUCUUUAAACCCUUACCGGGACAAGAUAAACCAGAUAAACCAAUCAGGACAAUAAUGACAACUGGAGUGGCCGGCAUUGGUAAAACCGUCUUAACACAAAAGUUCACCCUGGACUGGGCUGAAGGCAAAGCCAACCGUGACAUAAACUUCACAUUUCUCCUCACUUUCAGAGAGCUGAAUAUACUGAAAAAGAAAGAGUUUAGCUUGGUGGGACUUGUUCAUCACUUCUUUAUUGAGACCAAAGAAGCAGAAAUCUGCAGAUUCCACAGGUACCAAGUUGUCUUCAUCUUAGAUGGUCUGGAUGAGUGUCGACUUCCUCUGGACUUCCAGAAAAACCCGAUCUUUAAUGAUGUCACAAAGUCCACCUCGGUGGACGUGCUGCUGACAAACCUCAUCAGGGGCGACCUGCUUCCAUCCGCUCGCAUAUGGAUAACCACACGCCCUGCGGCAGCCAAUCAGAUCCCUGCUGAGUGUGUUGACAGGGUGACAGAGGUGAGGGGGUUCACCGACUCACAGAAAGAGGAGUACUUCAGGAAGAGAUUCAGAGACGAGGCGCUGGCCAACACAAUCAUCUCCCACAUCAAGAAAUCACGAAGCCUCCACAUCAUGUGUCACAUCCCAGUCUUCUGUUGGAUCACUGCUACAGUUCUGGAGGACAUCUUAAAAACAUCCAAGAGAGGAGAAGAGAUGCCCAAGACCGUGACUCAGAUGUACAGCCACUUCCUGAGGGUUCAGUCCAUACAGGGGGACAGGAAGUACCAUGGGAGAUCUGAAACAGAUCCACACUGGAGUUCAGAGAGCAGAGAGAUCAUCGUUUCUUUGGGAAAACUGGCUUUUAACCAGCUGGAGAAAGGCAACCUAAUCUUCUACGAGGAAGACCUGGCAGACUGUGGCAUCGACAUCAUAGCAGCCUCAGUGUACUCAGGAGUGUUCACCCAGAUCUUUAAAGAGGAGUGUGCGGUGUACCAGGCCAGGGUGUUCUGCUUUGUCCAUCUGAGCCUCCAGGAGUUUCUGGCUGCCCUUUAUGUCUUUCUGUUCUUCAUCGACACUGGUAUCGAUCUGCUAUCAGAAGAACCAUCCAUAUCUGGGGAAGAUAAACUACUCCUCCUCUACCAGAGGGCUGUGGACAAGGCCUUACAGAGAAAGAACGGACACCUGGACUUGUUCCUCCGCUUCCUCCUGGGCCUCUCUCUGGAGACCAAUCAGAUUGUCCUACGAGGUCUGCUGGGACAGACAGGAACUAGCUCACUGACCAAUACAAAAACAGUGUCUUACAUCAAGGAGAAGAUAGAUGACGAUCUCUCUCCAGAGAUAAGCAUCAACCUGUUCCACUGUCUGAAUGAGCUGAACGACCGUUCUCUAGUGAAGGAGAUCGAACGGUACCUGACAUCAGGAAGUAUCUCCGGAAAAUUUCUCUCUCCUGCUCAAUUGUCAGCUCUGGCCUUCAUCCUAGUGACAUCAGAAGAGGAGCUGGACGUGUUUGACCUGAAGAAAUACUCUGCUUCAGAGGAGGGUCUUUUGAGGCUGCUGCCAGUGGUCAAAGCCUCUAAAACAUCUCUGUAG